AGAAAGCAACAAGAUUAGACACUGAGAAAGAAAGAGAAAUUAGGGAGGUUGAAAUGGGAAACCAUGGUUGCAAUGCUGAUGGAUCUCUAAACGAUUCAGACUUCACUGGACCUUUACCCAUAAUUGGCCUCUACAUAGCUGGAGCAUCUCUGGUAUGUUUCCUUGCUAUGUUUCUUGAUACUUUCCAUGGAUUCCGCAGUAGAAUACCCUGGUUUCCAUGUAGGUUUUUCUCUCUCAAUGCUACUUCUCUAACUCUCAUAUCAAUAGCAACCAAGCUGCCUGUUGAUCUAAACACUUCCAUGCCAAGCCGGCAGGACCAAUUGUCCAAGCUUAGUGGCACUGUUCUGAUCUGCAUUGUGAUUGCUGACUUUAUGCCCUCUUUAGGAACCAUGAGCAACCCUGAACUCCUCUCAAAUGUUGUGGCAGUUGGUUUGCUUGUGAUCACUGUUGUUGUCAAUAUCUGUAUUCAAAUGGGAACAGGAGUGAUCUAUGUGUUCUUACCUGAACAUGCAAUUGUCAUGGUCUUCAUGCUGGUUCUAAUUUCACUUUUGGGAUUUUCUGCUUCAACUGUUCCAACCACUAGGCGUAUACUGAAUGAACAACAUGAUUUGAAAUGGGGAAACUCUAUUGGCAUUAGACACGAUGAGCCAAGUGGCUCCGAUGAAGAGGCAUUUGAAUACAUGAAAAGGUUGGUGGAGGAAUCUUCGAUGAUGGCUUAUUCAAGUAGCCCUUUCCAUGUCCUGAGAAGCUCAGAGACCUGCAACGGAGCAGGAGCUUUCUCACUCUUUAGUGCUCUGAUCUUAGUGGAAGCUGUGGUUAGGUCAUACCUUUUUCCAGGUUCUAUGCGUUUCUGUAGUGGAAAAUCUGAUUAUGGCUGGACAACUUGGGUGGUGUUUGUUUCACAAGCUCUUGUUAUAGCACUUGGAACCAUAAGCCCAGCUCUUAGAUGGAUAAAUGCUGUCCACUUGAAGAUGAGAAGCAAAACUGUAUUGAAUGUGCUUGAGGAUGAAAAAUAUGGAUUCGAGAAGCUGGUUGACUGGAAAAGUUCCCCUUUACCUUUCCACAUUCCAUACAGACAGGGCCGAGUUAUUGCUCAUUCCUCAAAAGCCCAUAUCCUGAAUCUUGUUAUUGGAACACAGAGGACCUUUGUUUUGGUAAGCAAGGUUAUUGGACUUGUUCCUCUAUUGCUAGUCAGUUGGCUCAAAAAGUUCUUCAUUUCAUCAUUCUGUAGCAACAAGAGAUUGUCAAAUGAGAUGGUAGCAUAUCCAAGUCAUUUGGAUGCUGAAGAAGGAAUCAACGAAAAAAAUGAAACAAUGAGUGAUUCAGAUGAUGAGAACCAGCAAUACAAUCUGAAUUAUUUUGUGUUGCAUCUUGAUGGGGAACAAGAUUUGGUCCAGUUGAUCUUGAAAAGUGGUUUCAAAGAUGUGAAUAAGUGGAUUACAAGUGGCUGGAAGAAUAGACCUAACCACCUGAUCAAGCUUUUGGAGGAGAAAUGCACUGCUACAGAAGGUUUCAAGGGUGCUCUUGAGUUCGAUAACGAUGAAGUAACAUCUAUUUUCAUUCCAAGGGAAGAAGAUGAUUUUUUCUACAACUGUAGCCGUGAAAGAAGAAAUGAGGUUUCCAAGAAACCUCCCAAUUGUUGGGCUUUGCCUAUAGUGACUCUCACUAGCAUUGCCAUUUCACUUCCCUACACAGACCAACAAAGAAUAAAGAUGUUGUUAAGAGCCGUACGACAAUGCUUGGAAUUUGUCAAUUUUGUGGAGCAAAAUACAGGCCGCACAGGGUUGAUGAAUAUAAGGAAAGCAGCAGCAGAUGUAUGGCUCAGCAUUGAUCUUUACAGAUUUUGGCUCAACAUAGAUCUCUGCAAGAUUGCCUUUGAUCAUGGUGUUCCUGUGACACUUUCUGUUGAGGAGAUAAUCAAAAGAUUUGCAGAAACUGUAGAAAAACAAGUCUUUAGAUAUAAUGAGGAAAUGAUAAAUAAGCUGCCCCAUCAAUGGUCUACUAAGCUAGUGGCAGCCAACAGUUUGUACAGAACUUGCAAAACAAUUUUGCUUGAUCAUGAGAAGUAUCAGACUGCAGAGAACUUGAUUAACUGGUUGGAGAAAAUAAUUUCGGAUUUAGUUGGUGACUGUCUAAUCAACCUUCCUCAUGCCAUAUUUAAAGAGUGUUCAUUUGGUCGUACUGAAGAUAGAGAAGGAAAAGUUAGAAAUGCUGCAUAUAUGUUCGGUACAGCACAACACCUUAAGCAAAUUCUUAGACAAUCAACUCGCACAAACAGCCAACUUUAUGCUGAGGGUUGGAUUUGUGGCAAGCAUUUGACUACUGGUGGAGUUUCUUCAACUAUGGAGUAUGAAUGAAUCUCUCAACUUAAACCAAAAAUUCCUAUUUUUCAGUAAGCACCCCAUCAAACAUCUUUUUU